AUGUUGUGCUGCAUCCGCGUGCCCCUCGCCUUCGUCGAAGGGGCCCUCUCAAGUUGCCGUGGUGGGAUACCUGCGAGGUGCAUUCGCGCAACUCGUCAUCGAUUGGAGACGCGCUCGGAGGAGGUGGAGGCGACCAUCUCCUCGCUCAUGGCGCAGAGCGCGCCAGGGAUGAAGGAGCUCAACGAAGAAGAAGCUGCCAAUCAACUUUUCUCUUUGACAGUCUUCGCCUGCUAUGAACAUGUAGACAACAAGACAGUCGCCGAGGUCCUGCAGGGAGCAGAGAAGCUCGAUGAUGAGAAGAGCUCUGCAAUCUUUAGGGAUGUCCUUUCAGCUCGGCGACCCAGCCGAGCUCAAGUGGAACUCUACGAGUCCGUGGUCCAAGAGGAGCAAGCUCGUUUGAUUGAGCAGAUGACGCCCGAUGAGAUGCCCGGUGCACUGGGCAACAUCGGCCGGAAGAUGUCCACAGCCACGAAGGCUGCCUACGUGAUCGCUGUGCUCGCAGGCCACCCCUCGGAGCAUCUUGAAAUCUCUUCGGUCAUGGCCUACAGGCAGGUCAGCUCAGACAGCCACGGAGGGCGCUCAACGCCAGGUGCAGGAGAGCUGCAUGAGGUAGACCCAAACAACACCCUGAACUUCAAGAAUCGCGCACCUUCGAAGGCAAAUGCAACACCAAGCAAGGGCGCCGGCCUGGCGGGGCUCAGCUUGCGCAAGAACAUGGGCGCGGCUCAAGUGAAGAUCGAGACUCCUCGGACAGGGCGACGAGUCUCAGGGGCUGGUCAUGAUUUUUUUGAUGGAGAGAACAUCGACGACAUCGUGAAGUCGCUCAUCAGCACGAAGAAGAUCGACUCGGCUUGGCAGCGCAUCUCGAGGCGUGUCGCCACUCUGGAAACAUACAUCCAGUACAUCCGAGGCGGAGAGGGAGAUGACACCUUCAUCACACGCAAGGAGUUCAUCGAGUUUCUGAAGAGCCAAGAGGCCGAGGAGGAGCAGGAGGAGGAAGGCACGGACGAGGCGGCGCAGGGCGGAGAGCCCGAAGAGCCCAAGGAAGAUCCAAUUCUCGUGGAGCUCCGAGAAGCAUUGAAGGCUCAGGAGGAUGCCAACGCCAACGCGUUGAAGCAAGCCAUGGAAGGUGCCCGCAAAGCAGAUGAAGCCAAGUGGGUCCGGGUUGGCGACCUGGAGGAGAAGUGCCGGAAGCUGCAGGAGGCGCUGGCGGAGGAGCGCUCCGAGCGGCUCUCGGGCGAGGCAGCCUUCACGGAACAGUUGAAGAGCAUCUCCACCGCUUUGGAGGACCUCGAACCGCGCAUGCAAGCCUUUGCAACCAGCGAGGCUCGUCGACAUAUCUCCCAGCUUCUCUUUGGAGAGAGUGAAGCAGAAGCAUGGAUUGACGACAGCGAGCUGCCAAGGGCGAUGGAAGGGUCCUCGGAUGCCGACGGUACAGAAGCACCGGGGAGCGCGAGGGGAGGAGCCGGGGCCGAAGGCCCAGGGGAGUCUCUCCCCGAGGCCCGGCCAAACACGGCCACACUGGAGGUGCCCAAUCCUCUGCCGACGCGACCGCCCUCAAGCGCAUCGGCACGACCGCCCUCAAGCGCAUCGGCUGUGAUGCCGGAGGCCCGGUGGCAGCUCUGGGGAAUAUGCCUGUUCAUGAAGCCCUUCGGCUGGUCCUCUAUGGACUGGGAAUGUCAGCAUCAGGGGUCGGGUGGUCCCUUGCGGAAGGUGCUCCAGGCAGCGACGGUCACUUCUGAUGGCCUUUGCCGCAAUGCGUAUGAGCUUGGCACUCAGCUCAGCUUCGCCGCGCCUUCCGCAGGGACCUGCCGGCUCUUCGAAGAUGCAGCCCGGAAUACCGGGGCUCGGAAACUCGUUGCAACGCUGACUUGGAGGACGGCUGGCGACACCAGCGAGGAUGAGGAGCAGCAGAGGCGUGGAGGAGGCAGUAGGAGCCUGCAUCCGGAUGACGACGACUAUGAGAUGAAAGUCGUUCCUGCAGAUCCUUGGCUCGUGCGUAGCCGGUCGGGAUUUCAGGAGUCUCACGAUGAUGCCCAGCGCGAAACGAGGUUAUUGCGGCUGCAGAUAAGCCACCUCACCAGCCGCAUCAGCAAAGGAGGCAGAGCAGCCACAAUCCGGCACUACAUGGAGGUCAAAGACGAGCUCGAGCUGGAACUCAUGGCGUUGAAUAUGAAGGCAACAGAAAUGCACGACUUCCCGUCGUGGGCCUCAACGGUUUCCACUUGCGACACGGCCGCCAGCAAAGACGCGGUCGGUCAGCUGGAAUCUGGAGGUGACUUCGGCAGGGAAAGCCAGCUUGGGCUUUGA